CCACGGCUUCAGCUUCAGGAUCUCUGCCAAAUGCUUCACCAGCUGGUUCCUCGUAUCCAAAUCCAAUUGCCGGUCCUCGGUGGUUACAGCGGCAAUGGUGGCACCGGCUACAAAGACCGUGACGACGGAGGCGGCGGCUAUGUCGGCAAUGGCGGCGGUGGGUGCCAGGACCGCGGCAUUGGCUUCAAAGGUUUCGGCGGACAUGAAAAUGAAACGAAAACUGACAUGGCAGUCCGUCAGGUAAUCAGGUCCCGCGCUUGACUGAAGCUUCUGAAGUGACUUGCUUCUGGGCUGAGACCACGCGCGGCGCCGCCGUGCCGGAGGCUCCCCUCGAUGCUCUUCUCCGCCGUCAGGCACGGGCUCAGACGGCGGUUCCGUUCUCCUGCCUCGCCGGCGAAGGCUCCCGCUUCCCCUUCCGCCGCGCAUCGCCGCGGCUCUCACGCGGACGCCUCGCCCGUCUCGCACUCGUCGCUGCUCCUCCGGCUGCGGUCAGGCCCCGCCCUCGCCGAGGCCCGGCGGCUGCACGCCGCUGUGCUCGUCGGCGGCCACCGCCACGGCGCGGUACUCGCCGCUCAGCUGGUGCAAGUGUAUGCUAGGCUCGGGCAGAUCGAGCACGCGCUUUGUCUGCUCGACGGAAUGCCCAGGAGGAACUCCUUCGCGUGGAACGCCGCGAUCAAGGGCCUCGUCGACGCCGGACGGUUCUCCGAGGCGCUGGAGACGUACCGGGCAAUGGUCGACGAUGGCUCGGCUGCGCCGGAUGGUUUCACGUACCCGCCCGUCAUCAAGGCGUGUGGCGCGCUUGGAGCGGUUGAGCAGGGCCGAAUGAUAAGAGAGCAUGUGGAGGCAGGAGUUGCCUGUGGUGACGCGAAGCCCAAUGUAUUUGUGCAGUGCGCGCUCGUGGACAUGUUUGCCAAGUGUGGGUGUUUGGGCGAGGCGAGGAGUGUGUUCGAGAGCAUGGAGCAAAGGGAUGUGGCCGCGUGGACUGCGAUGAUCGGAGGAGCUGUGCAUGCAGGAGAUUGGCUCGAUGCGAUGUGUUUGUUCAGUAGGAUGAGAUCCGAAGGGUUCUGGGCUGAUUCCGUGAUCAUUGCCACUGUCAUCCCAGCGUGUGGCAGGGUGAAAGAGUUGCGAGCUGGAACGGCGUUGCAUGGAUGCGCGGUAAGAUGUGGAGUUGCUGAUGAUAACUGUGUUUCAAAUGCUCUGGUUGAUAUGUACUGCAAGUGUGGCUGUCUGGAGAUGGCUGAUUAUUUGUUCCGUUCUAUCGAUUUCAAGGAUGUCGUCUCUUGGAGUACAUUGAUUGCGGGGUAUUCGCAGAACGGGAUGUAUCAUGCGAGUGUCAGUUUGUUUACUGAAAUGGUUGCUUCAGGGUUAAAACCAAAUUCCAAUACCAUGGCAAGUAUACUUCCGAGUCUUUCUGGCCUGAAGUUAGUCAGGCAUGGAAAAGAGGUUCAUGGCUUCUCCUUAAGACAUGGACUUGACCAGAGCAAGUUUCUGGGGAGCGCAUUUAUUGACUUCUACAGUAGACAAGGAUUCAUUGGGGAGGCAGGAACCGUAUUUGAGCUCAUUCCAAAGAAAGAUUUGGUCAUAUGGAAUUCAGUGGUUGCAGCAUACGGUGUGAAUGGGGAUACAGAUUCUGCACUGUGUGCAUUCAGGGCGAUGCAGAAAGUAGGAUUUAAACCUGAUCAUGUGACUGUUAUUUCAGUUCUUCCAGUAUGCAAUCACCAUUCCAGGCUCAUACAGGGUAAGGAACUACAUGCUUAUGUCGUUAGGCAUGAUAUGAGUUCUAUCUGCUCAGUUAGUAACGCGCUUAUAGAUAUGUAUUGCAAAUGCUGUUGCCUAGAAAUGGGCAAAGAUAUUUUUCAGCUGAUGACAGAGCGAGAUACUGCCACAUAUAACACAUUGAUUUCUUCUUUGGGAAAGCAUGGCCAUGAAGAUCAAGCCAUAAUGUUAUUUGAUCAAUUGAAGAGAGAUGGAAUUGCUCCUGACAAAGUCACUUUUGUGGCUCUACUAUCUUGUUGCAGUCAUGCAGGCCUUACUGAGCAGGGCUUGCACUUUUACGAUUCCAUGUUACAAGACUACAACAUUUCCCCAGAUAAGGAGCAUUACUCAUGUGUUGUUGAUCUUUACAGCAGAUCUGGGAAACUUGACGAUGCUUGGAAGUUCAUUUCAAGUUUGAGGGAAGGGACAGAAAUAGAUGUUCUUGGAUGCCUCUUGGCGGCUUGCAGAGUGCAUAACAGAAUGGAUAUUGCUGAGCUAGUUGCAAAAAGAAUAUUUGAAAAGAACCCCAGUGAUCCUGGCUAUCAUAUUUUGCUGUCCAAUAUAUAUGCUGAUGCUGGAAUGUGGUCUGAUGUGACGAAGAUCAGAACCAUAAUAGAAGAGAGGAGUUUGAAGAAUAAAACAGGAAACAGUUUGAUUUAAGUUGAUAAGACCAUAAGUCAUGGAUUGCAUAUAUUAAUCGUGUUUUGCUAAACCAAGAGAACCAUUUAUGGUUUGAUGAGGAAAAUACACCUGAAAAGGCACUCCAAAUAUGUCAGGCUGUCAUCUAUACUGCCAAUAUUCAGAACUUGAGGAAACACCUUAUGGUUACUUUGUUCCGUAUGAUGGAUAUAGAAGGCAAGUUUAUAACUGCUGAUAUGCACAGAUAAUGUCGAGCUUGGGGGAGAGUAUGUCAGAGAAAUAUCUACUGUCUUCAGCAAGCUCUUAGAAGAUUUUCUUCAUAGGAAACAAUUCCAUGUGUGUGGAUCCAGGCGAGUAAAAGGAUUGUUUUCAUGACUUCACCAAGUACUCUAUUACUGUAAUGUACAGCUGUUGGCAUGAUAAAUCAUUUAUCAAGAAACAAAAUGAUACUUUUGAGCUCAGGUGAUUUCCAGAAUUCCAGCGCAGUCAGACUUCUUCUGUACUUGUGUCACAGGCAAUCGCAAUUCCCAAUCUACUAGUCUGAAGUUCUUUUAUGUGACACCCAAAGUGUUUUUUUUUCUUAUGGUAUUCGGAAGAAACAGCAACAAUCCAGUCCAAGUUUGACGUCCAGAACUUCAGAUGUUGAUGUUUGCGAAGAAAAUAUGGAGCUAUGCAUAUUGGAUUUUGAGGGAAAAAUCAGAAGCCCUUCCGGCGCGGCAACUAGAUCAGGCGACAGAUAGGCCAGGCAUCUAAAUGUAGUCUCUCUCGUCGCAGGGUUCAGCAUACUACAAAGCAUGCUCGUGUUUAAAUCUCUUCACCUGUUGCUAUCAUACAGCAGUGACAAUGUUUCCAUCAAAUAGCGCCAAAAGCAGAAAGAAUAAAGUGGAUCACGUAAAGCAUUCAGAUUUCUCUUCUGAUUCAAGGUAUGAAUACAUAUACACAAGGAUAAUCAAUCAGUGGAAUUGUUGAGCCUAGGCAAAAGAGUGGGCUCACCGCAUGUCUACAUCAGAUAGUGGAUUCCCUGCCUAUCUGAUUGUUGCUGCUGUCUGAAGUAUAUGCAGAGGACAGCAAGUUGGCCUAUUAUUACAGCUUUUGUUAGAUCCAUUCUGUUUCCAGGAAUUGGUGGGACAGGCUGCUAACUUACUGACUUUUAUGUCCGUGGCGGUGAUGCAUGCCGAUGCUUCGGGAGAGCUGGGUACACCCGUUUGUCAUACUACCUCCUAUCGUUUCUUACUUUUCAAAGCAGAAAACGUCGCUGUUUGAUCUUAUUACUUGUUUCUGGAGAGUUGUAUCUUGUACGACCCAACUGUUCAAGUAGAGCUUCUGUGAGUUUUCAUCUCUUGAAGUGAUUUCGUGGAUCAACUAGUGAUGUCUUCAAGGACUAAGCAGGCUAAAUCACUGUGUUUUCCACUGCUGUUGUUUUUAUCGCCAUUUGUUAAUUUAUUUAGUUCCUUAUGGUGUAAGACUGACAGGUUGGCCUGCAAGAUCCAAGAGAGAAAUGAUUUAUUGCCAUAUCCUAUCCAGGUCACAUCGGCACACCAACUCCGAAAGUUCCAAUGGCCGGUAUGAUUUGGGCCGCCUACCUUCCUGCAACGGUAACCAUCUCCCGCCACAGAAUCUGGUAUUCUCGGUUUCUAUAUACAUGAACCAAAUUAAUUGUGAUCAACCCUAGGCUAGAAGUCUAGAACCUGUUCUUAGCAGCUAACCGCCAGCUGCAGAUAUACCGGAGGAAGCAAUGGAAGCUAGCCAGCACAUGUUCUGGAGUCUUGCUCUGCACAUUUGUCCACACUAGGCUGGUUACUAGACUGGGCUUCGGCGAGUGAGCUUGAAUGAGUGGCACGCCCAUCCAUGUGGGCAGGGCAGAUGAGAACGAUCUCCUGAUUAUGAGGUGCCGACCCACGCCCUCUCUUGACGCUGCUGCCACCGGCGCUGCUUGAAUUCAUGUUCAUGAACUGCUUGGCUGUCCUGUUUCACCAGUGAGAGGAGGGGGAGGGUUGCUGCUGCAAGAAACACACGGGCUUGGACGUUUGCUUGAUCCUCAUAAUUUCUGCAGUAGCCAGUAGGGGUCUGGUCUGGCCUGGCCCCAUUCAUGGGCAAUGGCAAUGGCUUGGCGUGCAGCAGCAGGGUAUCCACAUGCCCCGAGACCAGUUCGGCGUUUGAAAUCGUCUGGCAAGACAGACGCUCAUCAGUUGUGCCACGACCUCUACAUAUCGUGUUGAUUUGAUGCAGCAUGCAGUACGGCGUAUGUCCUGGUCUGAAUGCCACAGUAUGUAGCUUGUUUUCUGUUUUGUAGUGGUGUGUUCUGGUCUGGGUGAACCGGGGUGCUGGGCUGCUGGUGGUUCUAGCAUAUUGGCUAAUGCCCUACCGAAGCUGAACUAGCCACCUACUCCUGUAAACAUCACAUAAAUGUCAACUGAUACUACUGCUAAAAGCAACACCAUUCCUUUCUUCCAGGCACGCGGGCAUCAAAGACUUUUGAGUUAGAGAACAUGUAAGAGGCAUCAAUAAACCGAUCUUCCAGGGAAAGCGGACACGGAGCCACGCGGGUCGGCGCCGGCCGUUGGAGCCGAACCAACAGCGAAGCGGGCGCGCGACCGCACGAGGGCACCGCCGUAGCACCCGAUUCUUCCCACAUGAUCCAACCCACCACCCCCUGGCUGGCUCGGCUCGUGGGAUGGGAGCAUCAUCACCGCCGCACGAGCCGGACACGUAACGUAACCUCGCCAACCGUCGCCCUCGCCCUCGCCCCGUUGCCUCGCCGUCUUUAUAAACUCGGGCUCGUCUGGGCAUCACACCACCGCAUCACUCCACUCCACCUACCUGUCUCGCCCUCCUUGUUCACAUCAUCUCCCUUGGCUUUCCGUUGGACGCUUCGAGAGAGAGAAGGAGGAAGAAGAAAGAUGGCGGACGAGGGGACGGCCAACUGCAUCGACAUCAUCCUCGCCAUCAUCCUGCCGCCGCUCGGCGUCUUCUUCAAGUUCGCCUGCGGGAUCGAGUUCUGGAUCUGCUUGCUGCUCACCUUCUUCGGCUACCUCCCCGGCAUCAUCUACGCCGUCUGGGUCAUCACCAAGUAGGACUGCAGGAGGGGCUCCUCUGCCUCUGCCGCUAGGUGAUCCAUGGCGAACUUGUUCUGUGUCUGGCACAAGCCGUUUGUCUGAGAUGCGAGCUACAGUUCAUGGUGCUGCCUGCCUACAUGUGUGUGUUCAUGCUGUUGUACAUCUGUGUGUGUUGUCCGUGCUUGAUGAUUAGCCUCCUCUCCUGUCACCCUCCCCAGUGUAGUGCAUCCAUCCAUCCAGUUGUUCCUCCGCGCAUUUUCGUCGUCCAUGUACUUUGAACUUUGAUUAAUUAAUUAAUUAAUCAAUCAAUUGAUUGGUGGAGAA